AUAUGCACACCCCAACGGCCCCUUUCUCGCCGAUACUCUCUCUCUCUCUCACUGUCGGUCGUCGGUAUCUGUCCUUUUCUCUCUCUACUUAUCAAUCUAUCUGGAGUGAAACACACUCUCUUUCUCUCUCUCUCUCUCUCUCUCUCUGUGUUUGUUUUUGUCACAAGAUCUCGGAUAAGGACGACGACUUUUCAACGUUGUUAAUGUAAGCACAGUUUGUGUAAUUUAUGCAGAGAAAUCAUCCACUCGACGACUUUGUAAAAAAGAAAUCCGGAAUUCUCCCUACCCAAUCAGUCUAGAUUUCUCCAAUCUGAUUCUCCCCGUAUCACAAUCAAGGAUUGCUGCGGUAAUCAAAGAUUUGCGUCUCCUAAUCGCUCCUACUCGAGAAUCGAAAACAGAAAAGAAAAAAGGGAUUGGUUCUGUUACUUUGAAUAUUCCAGAUCUGCGAGCUCAAGUUGCCGGCACGAAACAACAAAAACCAGAUUAAAAAAAGGAGGAGGAAAUUUAAAAACUUUCCGGCUCUCUCUCUCUCUCUCAAUAACCUCUGAAAAAGAUUCGGUUCUGCUCGAUUCGAUUCGUUCACCCACAUUAAAUAUCAGUUGUUUCGUGCUUUUGAGAUUUGAUCAAUAAUGUCUGUAGCUUCGAGUUUUCUCCAGACUCGAACAAGCCCGGCUCUGUUCCCUCCGAUUACCAAGCCUUUUGUUAACAACCAGUUCCACUUGAGCAGAAUUGGUCUGGAGAGGAGAUUCUAUGGGUUGCAAUCGUGUGGGGGCGAGAGAAGACUGCAUCUAUGGCAAUCGGAGGGGCCCUGUCGUGAUCCGAAGCUCAGAGUGGUGGUGCGGUCGGCAUUGUCUCAAGUUCCCGAAAAGCCCCUGGGUCUAUACGAUCCCUCGUUCGAUAAGGACUCGUGUGGGGUCGGAUUCGUCGCCGAAUUAUCCGCCCAAAUGAGCCGGAAAACGGUGACGGAUGGGUUGGAGAUGCUGGUGCGUAUGUCGCACAGGGGAGCUUGUGGGUGCGAGACUAAUACCGGUGAUGGGGCCGGGAUUCUCGUUGCUCUUCCUCACGAGUUCUAUAACGAGGUCACUAAGGAUGUGGGGUUUGAGCUACCACCGCCAGGGGAAUACGCUGUGGGCAUGUUCUUCCUGCCUACCUCUGAAAAUCGAAGGGAACAAAGCAAAAUUGUGUUUGCAAAGGUUGCGGAAUCGCUUGGGCAUACGGUUCUUGGUUGGCGAUCUGUGCCGACAGAUAACUUAGGAUUGGGUGAGUCAGCAAAGCAGACUGAACCUGUUAUUGAGCAAGUGUUUCUUACACCCACUACCAGGUCAAAAGCUGAUUUUGAGCAACAGUUAUACAUAUUAAGGAGGCUUUCAAUGGUAGCAAUUCGAGCUGCAUUAAACCUUCAACAUGGCGGAGUGAAGGACUUCUAUAUAUGCUCCCUUUCCUCGAGGACUGUUGUCUAUAAAGGUCAGUUGAAGCCCGACCAGUUGAAGGAAUAUUAUUAUGCUGACCUUGGCGAUGAAAGGUUUACGAGCUACAUGGCCCUGGUACACUCAAGAUUCUCAACAAACACAUUUCCUAGCUGGGAUCGCGCUCAGCCAAUGCGUCUAUUAGGUCAUAAUGGGGAAAUCAACACACUUCGUGGAAACGUAAACUGGAUGAGGGCUCGCGAAGGCCUUCUGAAGUGCAAGGAGCUUGGAUUGUCAAAGGAUGAGAUGAAGAAGCUUCUACCCAUAGCAGACGCCAGCUCAUCUGACUCAGGGUCUUUUGACGGUGUUCUGGAGCUUUUGGUCCGAGCUGGUAGAAGUCUUCCUGAAGCUAUGAUGAUGAUGAUUCCUGAAGCCUGGCAAAGGGACGAGAAUAUGGAUCCUGAUCGCAAAGCAUUGUAUGAAUACUUUUCAGCCCUCAUGGAACCAUGGGAUGGUCCUGCUUUGAUGUCAUUUUCUGAUGGCCGUUAUCUUGGAGCUACACUGGACCGAAAUGGACUGCGUCCAGGUCGAUUUUAUAUUACACACAGUGGACGGGUUAUAAUGGCAAGUGAAGUUGGAGUAGUUGAUAUUCCAGAUGAAGAUGUGUGUGCGAAAGGAAGACUUAGCCCUGGCAUGAUGCUUCUGGUGGAUUUUGAUAAGCAUGUUGUUGUCGAUGAUGGAGCAUUGAAGCAACAGUAUUCGCUUGCAAGACCUUACGGAGAGUGGAUCAAAAGGCAAAAGAUAGUGCUGAGUGACAUAGUAGAAUCUGUUAGUGAAUCUGAGAGGGUUCCUCCGGCUAUAGCAGGAGUUUUGCCCGCAUCGAAUGAUGACGACAACAUGGAAAAUAUGGGCAUUCAUGGUUUGUUGGCUCCACUGAAGGCUUUUGGUUACACUGUUGAAUCCCUGGAGAUGCUGCUACUGCCAAUGGCAAAAGACGGUGUUGAGGCCCUGGGUUCCAUGGGAAAUGAUGCUCCUUUGGCUGUGAUGUCCAAUCGGGAGAAACUCACAUUUGAAUAUUUCAAGCAGAUGUUUGCUCAAGUUACAAACCCUCCUAUUGAUCCCAUUAGGGAGAAGAUAGUCACCUCCAUGGAGUGCAUGAUUGGUCCUGAAGGUGAUCUCACUGAGACGUGUGAAGAACAAUGCCACCGCCUCUCGCUAAAAGGUCCCCUUCUAUCCAUUGAACAAAUGGAAGCAAUAAAAAAGAUGGAUUAUAGAGGAUGGCGCAGCAAAGUUAUCGACAUAACAUACUCUAAGAAGUGUGGUAGGAAAGGUUUGGAGAAGACAUUGGAUAGGAUAUGUUUGGAAGCUCAUGAUGCAAUUAAGGAGGGAUACACAACGGUGGUGCUCUCCGACAGAGCCUUUUCAUCCAAUCGUGUUGCUGUAAGCUCACUUUUGGCGGUGGGUGCUGUCCAUCAUCAUCUAGUCAGAAACCUUGAACGAACUCGGAUUGGCUUAGUUGUAGAGUCUGCUGAGCCUCGAGAAGUGCACCACUUUUGUACAUUAGUUGGAUUUGGCGCAGAUGCUAUAUGCCCUUAUUUGGCUGUAGAGGCAAUUUGGAGACUGCAGGUUGAUGCAAAAAUUCCGCCAAAGGCAAGUGGUGAGUUGCGCUCUAAGGAAGAGCUGGUCAAGAAGUAUUUCAAAGCAAGCAACUAUGGUAUGAUGAAGGUUCUUGCCAAGAUGGGGAUAUCUACUUUGGCCUCAUACAAGGGUGCUCAGAUAUUUGAAGCAGUGGGCCUCUCAUCAGAAGUAAUGGAGAGGUGCUUCGCUGGAACUCCAAGCAGAGUUGAGGGGGCAACAUUUGAAGUAUUAGCCCUGGAUGCGCUUAAGUUGCAUGAGCUGGCCUUUCCUAAAAGGUUAUUCCCUCCUGGGAGUGCAGAGGAUGUAUCAUUGCCCAAUCCUGGAGAUUAUCACUGGAGGAAAGAUGGUGAGGCCCACCUGAAUGACCCCUUCGCUAUAGCUAAGCUGCAAGAGGCUGCCAAAGGUAAUAGUGUAGUGGCGUAUAAAGAAUACUCUAAGCGCAUACAGGAGCUAAACAAAACCAGUAAUUUGCGGGGGCUAUUGAAAUUUAAAGAGGCAAAGGUGAAGGUUCCUUUAGAUGAAGUCGAACCAGCCAGUGAGAUAGUAAAGCGGUUUUGCACGGGAGCUAUGAGUUAUGGUUCGAUAUCAUUGGAGGCACACACAACCCUUGCGAUGGCUAUGAAUAAGAUUGGAGGGAAGUCGAACACAGGUGAGGGAGGUGAGAUCCCCUCCCGUAUGGAGCCUCUUCCAGAUGGUUCAAUGAACCCGAAAAGGAGUGCAAUUAAGCAGAUUGCUAGUGGAAGAUUCGGCGUUUCAAUUUAUUACCUCUCGAAUGCUGAUGAGAUACAAAUAAAAAUGGCUCAGGGGGCCAAGCCUGGUGAAGGAGGUGAACUUCCAGGCCACAAAGUUAUUGGAGAUAUUGCUGAAACUAGGAAUUCCACUGCUGGCGUGGGACUCAUCAGCCCACCUCCCCAUCAUGAUAUUUAUUCAAUUGAAGACCUCGCUCAAUUGAUUCACGAUCUUAAGAAUGCUAAUCCAGGGGCUCGAAUUAGCGUGAAGUUGGUGUCUGAAGCUGGAGUGGGAGUAAUUGCAAGUGGAGUUGUGAAGGGGCAUGCCGAUCAUGUCUUGAUCUCAGGUCAUGAUGGAGGAACAGGUGCUGCCCGUUGGACUGGGAUAAAAAAUGCUGGUCUCCCUUGGGAACUUGGUCUUGCCGAAACCCACCAAACCCUAGUUGCUAAUGACCUUCGUGGCCGAACAGUACUCCAGGUAGAUGGCCAACUUAAAACUGGAAGGGAUGUGGCCAUUGCUGCGCUACUUGGUUCAGAGGAAUUUGGUUUCAGUACAGCUCCCCUCAUUACCCUUGGUUGUAUCAUGAUGCGGAAGUGCCAUAAAAAUACUUGUCCAGUUGGAAUUGCUACCCAAGAUCCAGUACUGAGAGAGAAGUUUGCCGGAGAACCCGAGCACGUGAUUAACUUUUUCUUCUUGCUAGCAGAAGAGGUGCGAGAAAUCAUGUCUCAGCUUGGGUUUCGGACCAUCAAGGAAAUGGUUGGUCGUUCGGAUAUGCUUGAAAUGGACAUGGAAGUGGCAAAGGGCAACGAGAAGCUAAAGAAUAUCGAUCUCUCACUAUUACUUAGACCUGCUGCUGACAUCCGCCCAGGAGCCGCCCAGUAUUGUGUACAGAAACAAGAUCAUGGUUUGGACAUGGCUUUGGACAACAAGCUCAUAAAUCUAUCCAAAGCUGCUUUGGAUAAAGGUCUACCUGUGUACAUUGAAACACCAAUUUGCAAUGUGAAUCGGGCAGUUGGAACAAUGCUUAGCAAUGAGGUCACAAAGCGCUAUCAUCUGGAGGGGCUUCCUGCUGAUAAGAUCCAUAUCAAACUCAAUGGGAGUGCGGGCCAGAGCCUUGGAGCAUUUCUCGCCCCUGGUAUUACUUUGGAGCUCGAGGGUGAUAGCAAUGACUAUGUUGGUAAAGGUCUAUCAGGUGGCAAGAUUGUUGUUUAUCCUCCAAAAGGAAGCAAAUUUGAUCCCAAGGAAAACAUUGUGAUAGGUAAUGUUGCUCUCUACGGCGCUACACGGGGGGAGGCUUAUUUUAACGGAAUGGCAGCAGAAAGAUUUUGUGUGCGUAAUUCUGGGGUAAAAGCAGUUGUAGAAGGUGUUGGUGAUCACGGUUGUGAGUACAUGACUGGUGGAAUCGUUGUCGUGCUUGGGAAAACAGGGAGGAACUUUGCUGCAGGCAUGAGUGGUGGUGUUGCCUAUGUUCUUGAUACGGACGCCAAGUUCCAAUCCCGAUGCAACCUUGAGCUGGUAGAUCUUGAUAAAGUUGAUGAAGUAGAGGAUAUUAUGACUCUAAGAAUGUUGAUACAGCAGCAUCAGCGUCACACAAACAGCCAACUAGCCAGAGAAGUGCUUGCGGACUUUGAUAAUAUCUUACCUAAAUUUGUCAAGGUGUUCCCUAGAGAUUAUAAGCGGGUUCUUGCAAUCAUGAAGGAAAAAUCAGUUACCAAAGAGGCUGAAGCUGCGAAUGCUAAACAAGCUGACGAGAAAGAAGAGGCAGAAUUGCAGGAGAAAGAUGGUUUUGAAGAGCUUAAGAAGUUGGCAGCUUUGUCAUCCAAUGGGACAGGCAGUCAGAAAGUUGAAGAGGCUGAACCAGUGAAAAGGCCAACUCAAGUACCUGACGCUGUAAAACAUAGGGGAUUCAUUGCUUAUGAGCGUAAGGGUGUUGCUUACAGAGAUCCUAAUGUUCGGAUGAGUGAUUGGAAGGAGGUCAUGGAAGAGAAAAAAUCCAGCGCACUUCUAAAGACUCAAUCUGCUCGCUGUAUGGACUGUGGCACUCCCUUCUGCCACCAGGAGAAUUCUGGGUGUCCUCUGGGUAAUAAAAUACCUGAAUUCAACGAGUUGGUAUACCAGAAUAGGUGGCGCGAAGCAUUGGAUCGGCUUUUGGAGACUAAUAAUUUCCCGGAGUUUACUGGUCGGGUGUGCCCUGCACCCUGUGAGGGUUCUUGUGUACUUGGCAUAAAUGAGAAUCCUGUAUCCAUCAAAAGCAUUGAAUGUGCUAUCAUAGAUAAGGCUUUUGAGGAAGGGUGGAUGGUGCCACGGCCUCCCCUCAAAAGGACCAGGAAACGAGUUGUUGUUGUUGGGAGUGGACCCGCUGGAUUGGCUGCUGCGGAUCAGUUGAAUAAAAAGGGCCACUUUGUGACAGUGUUUGAGCGCUCUAAUCGUAUUGGGGGCCUGAUGAUGUAUGGAGUUCCUAACAUGAAGAUUGAAAAAUGGGUUGUUCAACGACGGGUUGACCUCAUGCAAAAGGAAGGCAUCAAUUUUGUCGUUAAUGCUGAUAUUGGAAAAGAUCCUUUGUAUUCCCUAGAUCGGCUUCGAGAGGAGAAUGAUGCCAUAGUUUUAGCUGUAGGAGCCACUAUUCCAAGGGACUUACCUGUACCUGGACGGGAACUGUCGGGGGUCCAUUUCGCCAUGGAGUUUCUUCAUUCAAAUACAAAAAGUUUGCUUGAUAGCAAUCUUGAGGAUGGGAAAUACAUCUCUGCCAAGGGUAAGAAGGUAGUUGUGAUUGGUGGAGGUGAUACAGGUACAGAUUGCAUUGGAACAUCUAUCCGGCACGGUUGUAGUAGCGUUUUAAAUCUGGAGAUUCUCUCUGAGCCUCCUCAAACUAGGGCUCCAGGCAACCCUUGGCCACAGUGGCCCCGUAUAUUGCGGGUAGAUUAUGGGCACGAGGAAGCUGCUGCCAAGUUUGGUAAGGACCCGAGAUCUUAUGAGGUAUUGACUAAGCGGUUUGUGGGAGAGAAUGGAGUUGUGAAAGGACUUGAGAUAGUACGCGUGCAGUGGGAGAAGGAUGCUAGUGGGAAGUUUCAACUUAAGGAAGUAGAAGGCUCUGAGGAGAUUAUUGAGGCAGACCUGGUCCUUCUAGCGAUGGGCUUCCUUGGUCCCGAGUCGACACUAGCAGACAAACUGGGCUUGGAGCGAGACAACCGAUCGAACUUCAAGGCAGAGUAUGGUCGAUUCUCAACCAGCUUAGACGGCGUUUUUGCAGCUGGGGAUUGUCGGCGGGGCCAGUCCCUGGUAGUUUGGGCUAUCACAGAAGGUCGACAAGCUGCUGCACAAGUCGACAAGUAUCUCACUAGAGAAGAAGAAGAAGAAGACCAAACCAUCAAUCAAUUAAGACCAGAUGACAUUGUCACGAGGCAGCAAGAUAGCAUCAAAGAGACAGGCCAAAUAGAAAGAACCAAUGUAUACUUCUAGAGAGCUGCGUCCAGUAACCAUAUUGUGGACAGCCUAAGCAAGAUGCCCAAGAUCAAGCACAGAAGUUGGGAAAGCUCAACAACAAAGUGGCGGCGUUUGCGGGGGGGAUCGGUAUCAGUAGUUAGGAUUUCAUGAGUGUGAUUUCUUUAUUGUCUUGUUUAUGAUCUCCCCUUUUUUUUUUUGGUUGUUAGAAAGGGGGGCUCAUGUGCCGUGCCGGUUAAAAUGAAUAAAUUUGUACAGUGUUCUUUUGAUCCGUGAAUGGAAAGUUAAUGCCAUACAGUAAUGAUUCCCAUACA